AUGCGCCAUAAAACCUCAGUGAUUGUGUUCUCAGAGACAUUAUCGCGCUACAUUUUGGCCGUAGCUAUCCACAAGGCCGAUACUACAUCAAACGAGCGCAUGUAA